AGUCUAUGUUUAAUAACUAAUUCUAGAUAUUUCUCAUUAUUUUUUUUCUUCACUUUCUAAUUUUCACCAAUUAUUUCCAGUUUCCAGGAAAUUCUUGCUGAAUUGAAAUUGUUGAUAUCAACAUAACUGUAAUAAUAAUAAAUAAUUUCAGUAAUCUUACAUAUGUUUUAAUUAAAGCCUGGUCUAUAUUUAUUAUAAUAAAGAUAAAAUGUCAAAACGUCCAGAACAUUUAGCUCCACCUGAAUUGUUUUACAAUGAAUCCGAAGCUCGAAAAUAUACUCAAAAUUCUCGUAUGAUAGAUAUACAAGAGCAAAUGUGUAGACGUGCUCUAGAACUUCUUUUAUUACCACAUGAUAAAAGUAUUUUACUCUUAGAUAUUGGUUGUGGCUCAGGAUUAAGUGGCAAUGUAAUUGAGAAUUAUGGACAUAUAUGGAUAGGAAUUGAUAUAUCUCGUGCAAUGCUUGAAAUAGCUUUAGAAAGAGAAGUGGAUGGAGAUUUAAUUUUAGGAGAUAUGGGUCAAGGAAUGCCAUUUAAAGCAGGAAGUUUUGAUGGAGCAAUAAGCAUUUCUGCACUACAAUGGUUAUGUAAUGCAGAUAAAAAUACUCAUGAUCCUUCAAAACGAUUAUACAAAUUUUUUUCUACAUUAUUUUCAUGCUUAUCAAGAUCAGCUAGAGCUGUAUUUCAAUUUUAUCCUGAAAAUAGCGAACAAAUUGAAUUAAUUACAACACAAGCAACAAAAGCAGGUUUUUAUGGAGGUGUAGUUGUUGAUUUUCCAAACAGUACUAAAGCAAAAAAAUAUUUCCUGGUAUUAAUGAUAAGUGGAUUUACUAUUCUUCCACCAGCUUUAGAUGUUAAUGAUGCUGAAUCAGUUGUAUCUUACACAUCUAGAAGAGAAAAAAUAAAAAAGGCUAAAAAUAAAUCUUUAAAAAAUAGCAGAAAUUGGAUUAUGGAAAAGAAAGAAAGACGUCGAAAACAAGGAAAGAAAGUACGAGAAGAUUCAAAAUAUACAGGAAGAAAAAGAUGUGGAAAAUUAUAAUAUUUUUUCUUAUUUUUAUGUAUUUUUAAAUUUGUUUCAAAAAAA